AUGGUGGCAAUGGGAAGGCAGGAAGAGCGAUGCCAAAUAAUUGCGUGCCGCAAGGGGCAGGAUGUCUCCACCGGCAGAAAGUUCAUCCUCAAGUCUGGGGAUGUCGUGCGAAUUGGCCGCGGCAACGACAAUGAGGUGAUCUUGGACUAUGAGGGUGUUUCCAAACACCACGCUGAGAUCUUUAUGCGGCAGAAACUUCCAGAAGAGGUCAUCCUUGGUUCGGAUCUCAAGAUGACUGGUCUUUUGUCGAUCCGUGACCUCAACUCCAGGAACGGGCUGUCCAUUCAUAAAUCACCGACGGAGCAGGACGUCGUCCCAACGAUUGGCGCAUUCGACCGCAUCGUGCCCGGAAACGUACAGGCUGUGCAGGAUGGCUGGAGUGUUCUUGUCCCUGCAAAGAGCCGUCAUCAAGACAAGCAGAUGUCGGUCGAGCAGCGCCUCCUGACGCUGUAUGUGAGCUCCGUGAUGGUGGAUGUGCCGGUGCCAGCCCCCGUGCGGGAGCCUCCCCCAAUACUCGCUCCACCAUCACCAAGACCACCAGCUCAGGUGACACCUGCUCCUUUCGUGCCGCCGGCGGCAGACCCGGAAGUGGCAAAGGCGAAACCCAAGAAAAAGAAGAAGCCCAAGGAAGAUGAACGUCCUGCGGCACGCCCUAAAUCUCGGCCAGAAGGGCUGGCUACAGUCUCUGGCGAGGCCUGGCCACCGGCUCUGCCACGUGAUGAAAGUGAUGGCUCGGAUGGAGGCCAAGACAUUCCCCCACCAAAGGCCUCCAAGGGAUCGGCAGGGCCUGGCCAGCGCCCGUUGACGUCCCCUCGACCAGAGCGUCGGCGCUCAGACAAGGUAGAAGUCUCCAGUGAUGAGGAAGGCCCUGCUCUACGCUUGACGCAGGCGAAUGUGGCGAAGGUGUCAGCAGCUGCUGCGGUGGCCGUGGGUGUUUCGGAGCCCGGUGACGUGGAUCCAGACUUACGCAGUAUCUCUCCGAUUUCUACGCCGGGAGUCUUCCCCUGGCAAGCCGGGAAGAAGGCCAAAAAGAAGCCCAGGGCUGAGUCCCCGUGCAGCGCAGAGGCUCAGGUCCGCAAGAAGCGCAAGGGAGAGACGGGCAAGACCACCAAGGCGUCCAAGAAGCUGGUGCUGACGGCACCAGGCCAAGGCAUGCAAUGGGAUCCGUACAUGAUGCCGCGAGCAGCGGAACCGUGCGAAGCUGAGACCUGA